AUGGUGACAGAAAAUGGAGAUAUCGUGUGGCAACCAGGCCCGAAUAAGACAGCCGUUGUCUCCAACGCCAAGGGGAAGCAGCUUCUUCACCUCCCCUGGGACAAUGAGGACCUUCCGCCUCUUCCGCGGACGGCGGACGCUGGCGCACUUAGCUUCGCUGGUAGAGGCACUUCUAUGCGGCCAAAGAAGCGGAAUAACAGAAAGGGUCAGACUAAGACUGAGCGGUCUUUCACAAUUCUCAAGUACGACUACCGUCUAGGCACUGUCAGUCACCUACGGCAGCCUAAGACCGAACGAUCCACUGUCACCAACGGCUUGCAGGGAGCGGGCGAGGAGAAGGCAGAGGCGGCUGAACGCACUGAGCCGGCAGUUGAGGCGGCUGUAGCGCCCUCCGCACAGGCGAAGGAGGCAAGUGGCGGGCAGGCGCAGGAGAAGGCCGAGAAGGAGGCCAGGGAGGAGGAGGCAGUGGAGAAGACGAGAGCCGAGGCUUCCCCUCCGGAACCAGACGCUAAAGAGGGCACCAAGCAAGCAGGGCAAGCCUCUAAGAAGAAACCCGUCUCGCCAACUGCUCGAGUGCUGCAGGCAGAUGCAGCAUGGGGCCAGCGCGUGUGGGGUUCGCUAAUUUCCUCAUGGGGACGCCAAUCGCUGAUGGACGAGGAGACGGAUCGGAAUUAG